AUGGCUGCAGUGCACUGUCACCGGUCCCGCGGCAGGCAGCAUGGCGUGGAGAUCGGGCAGCCCUCAGCCUGCCCUGCUCGCUUCGGUGUGGCUGGUUUCCACGAGGCUGCUUGCGAGCCGCGCGUGGUUGGCGACACCACGGCUCGUGCCUCGAGGCGAUUGCAAUGGAUUUCGGCAGCAUCCGCAGUCUCAGCUGACCGCGCGGUCCAAACUCCACUGCCCGAGUAUCUGAGCCACCGGCAUGGCGACACGAGCUUCUGUGACAUUGCCUCCUUUCAGGCCGAUGACGCCGCAGCACUGAAAGAUCCCACCUGGUCCUUGCAGCCCUUCGUUAUACGAAAGGAUCCGCGGAUUCUGGAGCGUCAGCCGGCGCUAACCCGGGAAGCGCUGCUACGUGCAGCUGAGGAGACCGGGGCAACGGUUCGAGUUGGCUACUCCUGGAGCAUCGCGCAAAACAGAGGCGAAGGGCCCAGAGAAAUGCCGUUGACAGACUAUCUUCAGAGCGAGAUGGACCAAGGCAUCUACGAUGAUGCGGAGUUUCUGGAGCCCAGCUACGCCUUUGACAUGGGCUUAAAGCUCGCUGGAAUGCCGGACAGCGAGGACAUCCACCCUGUCAUACGUUCAUGGAACGAGUCUGCUUUCUCCGUGCCCGACACGGCCGUCACAGUGCACAUGAUCGGUGGGGCCAGGAGCGCUGUCGGCUGGCACACCCACGGCGCCACCGUGCAGAUGACGGUGCAUGGCCGGAAGCGAUGGUUCCUCUAUCCGCCGGGGCAUUAUCCACCGGGUGAUGGCCCUGGUGGCGGCUUUUCAUUGACGGACUGGCUGCAGCUGGUCUAUCCCACAUUGGAGCCUGCAGAAAGGCCCCUGGAGUUCACUCUCGAGGCCGGGGAUUCGGCGUACAUCCCAGAUGGGUGGUACCACGCCGUUGUGAACCUGGAAGACUCCGUCGCCGUGAGCAUCCAAAGCAAAGAGCUCGCACCAGAGCCACAGCAGUUCUUCAAGGGCGUCUCCCUGGGCGUUGUCUCCGAGGUCUGGCAGGAGCAGCCGGGGAGUGUCGAGGAGCUGGCCACGGCCGCCAGAGCUUUCUUGAGCCGAGGUGCCCAGAACGAUCUCCACGCCCGCCGGGUCCUCUUCUACUGCCUCACGGAGAUGGAUCCAAAGGAGGCCGUGGAGGUGAUCCUGGAGGGCACGAGAAAAGAUCCCUUCCACGUGCCCACUCAGUUUGAACUGGCAUCCUGGCUAGCCAGCCGCAUCAAAGCCGGUGAGGCAGCAGCUUUGGAUACUUUUCGCCGCGUGAUGCACUUGUGGGAGCCGAACCUGGUGGCCAACACUCGAAAUCAGAAGGCCCUGUGGAUACUGAACAAGUUCCACCGGGCCCUGGGGGAUGAGGAGACGGCGGAUCGCUACUUCGACCGUCUCGUGAAGCUGAACAAACUGGGGAUCGACCGGUAG